GUUCCGGCACACAGCCCCCUCUGUGUACCCAGGGGCCGGGGGAGCGAUGCUGGGAAGGUUCAGGUUACCCUGACAGGGUGCAAGAGGCAAGGGUAGGAGGGAAGGAGUGGGUGUCAGUCCCAGUCCCAAAAAAAGCCACCCGUGUCUUUUCCAUGUGUUAAAGAUCAGGACUGUCUGUCUGUCUGUCAGGACGAAACGUCUGUCCUUCACAUUUCAACCUAGAGUUGAAACGCUGCAAGCAUGGGGAAAGGGAGUGGUGCUGAAAAUGGAGAAGGGAAGAAGAAGAAGAAGGAGAAGGAACUGGAUGAGCUCAAGAAGGAGGUGUCCAUGGAUGAUCACAAGAUAUCAUUGGACGAUCUGGGAAGACGCUACGGAGUCGACCUGACUCGGGGUCUGACCAAUGCCAAGGCUCUGGAGGUGCUGGCCAGGGAGGGGCCCAAUGUGUUGACUCCUCCUCCCACCACCCCAGAGUGGGUGAAGUUCUGCCGUCAGCUGUUCGGGGGUUUCUCCUUGCUCCUCUGGAUCGGUGCCAUCCUCUGCUUCCUGGCCUACAGUAUCCAGGUGGCCACAGAGGACGAGCCAGCCAAUGACAACUUGUACCUGGGUGUGGUCUUGUCAGCUGUGGUCAUCAUAACUGGCUGUUUCUCCUACUACCAAGAGGCCAAGAGCUCCCGCAUCAUGGACUCCUUCAAGAACAUGGUUCCUCAGCAAGCCCUAGUGAUCAGGGAAGGAGAGAAGAUGACAAUCAAUGCAGAGCUAGUGGUGAGGGGAGACCUGGUGGAGAUCAAAGGGGGAGACAGGAUCCCUGCCGACCUCCGAGUCGUCUCAGCCGCGGGCUGCAAGGUGGAUAACUCCUCUCUGACUGGAGAAUCAGAGCCUCAGACACGCACACCGGAGUUCACCCAUGAGAACCCCCUGGAGACUCGAAACAUCGCCUUCUUCUCAACCAACUGUGUGGAGGGUACAGCCCAUGGUGUAGUAGUAGGGACUGGAGACCAUACAGUGAUGGGUCGUAUUGCCACCCUGGCCUCUGGGCUGGAGACGGGCCAGACUCCCAUCAAUAUGGAGAUUGAACACUUCAUUCAACUGAUCACGGCCGUGGCUGUAUUCCUGGGGGUCAGCUUUUUCAUCCUGGCCAUCAUCCUGGGGUAUACCUGGCUGGAGGCCGUCAUCUUCCUCAUUGGCAUCAUCGUCGCCAAUGUCCCCGAGGGCCUGCUGGCCACAGUCACUGUAUGUCUCACCCUCACUGCCAAGCGUAUGGCCAAGAAGAACUGCCUGGUCAAGAAUCUGGAGGCUGUGGAGACCCUGGGUUCUACAUCCACCAUCUGUUCCGACAAGACAGGCACCCUGACCCAGAACCGCAUGACCGUGGCCCACAUGUGGUUCGACAACAUGAUCCAUGAGGCCGACACUACGGAGGACCAGUCUGGUGCUACCUUUGAUAAGAGCUCGGCUACAUGGCAUGCUCUGUCCCGUGUUGCUGGACUCUGUAACCGUGCUGAGUUCAAAGCUGGGCAGGAAAACUUCCCCAUUCUGAAGAGGGACACUGCGGGCGAUGCGUCGGAAUCUGCUCUGUUGAAAUGUAUUGAGCUCUCCUGUGGGUGUGUCCGCUCCAUGAGAGAAAGAAACGCCAAAGUGGGAGAGAUACCCUUCAACUCGACCAACAAGUACCAGCUAUCCAUUCAUGAACAAGAGGACAAUGAAAAUGGCCACCUACUCGUUAUGAAGGGAGCACCUGAAAGAAUAUUGGACAGGUGCAGCACCAUCUUGAUCCACGGCCAGGAGGUUCCAAUGGACGCCAACUGGAACGAAGCUUUCCAGAGUGCCUACAUGGAGCUGGGAGGGCUGGGAGAGAGAGUUCUAGGGUUCUGCCACUUGCCCCUGUCUCCGGCCCAGUUCCCUCGGGGCUUCUCCUUUGACUGUGAGGAAGUCAACUUCCCUAUAAAAGGGCUGUGUUUUGUUGGUCUCAUGUCCAUGAUCGACCCUCCUCGCGCCGCCGUCCCCGACGCUGUGGGGAAAUGCCGCUCCGCAGGGAUUAAGGUCAUCAUGGUGACUGGUGACCAUCCCAUCACUGCCAAAGCCAUCGCUAAAGGCGUGGGUAUCAUCUCCGAGGGCAACGAGACUGUGGAGGACAUCGCUGAAAGACUGAAUAUUCCCCUGAGUCAAGUCAACCCCAGGGAUGCCAAGGCCUGUGUGGUGCAUGGAGGGGACCUGAAGGACAUGAGCGCAGAGUACCUGGACGACCUACUCAGGAACCACACUGAGAUAGUGUUCGCCCGCACAUCACCUCAGCAGAAACUCAUAAUCGUAGAGGGCUGCCAGAGAACGGGGGCAAUCGUGGCGGUUACUGGGGACGGAGUGAACGACUCGCCUGCCCUGAAGAAGGCUGACAUUGGGGUUGCUAUGGGGAUUGCUGGGUCUGACGUCUCCAAGCAGGCUGCAGACAUGAUCCUCCUGGAUGACAAUUUCGCCUCUAUUGUCACAGGAGUGGAAGAAGGUCGUCUGAUCUUUGAUAACUUGAAGAAGUCUAUCGCCUACACACUGACAAGUAACAUUCCAGAGAUCAGCCCCUUCCUCCUCUUCAUCAUUGCCAGCAUUCCCUUGCCCCUGGGCACCGUCACCAUCCUCUGUAUCGACUUGGGCACAGACAUGGUUCCUGCUAUCUCAUUGGCCUAUGAGACGGCUGAGAGUGACAUUAUGAAGCGUCAGCCCAGGUGCCCAAAGACAGACAAGCUGGUGAACGACAGACUGAUCAGCAUGGCCUACGGACAGAUAGGUAUGAUUCAGGCUCUGGCUGGUUUUUUCACCUACUUUGUGAUCCUGGCUGAGAAUGGCUUCUGGCCAGAGACCCUGCUGGGCAUCCGUCUGAAAUGGGACGACCGUGCUAACAACGAGGUGGAGGACAGCUAUGGACAGCAAUGGACCUACGAGCAACGGAAGAUCAUUGAGUUCACGUGUCACACCUCGUUCUUUGUGAGCAUCGUGGUGGUGCAGUGGGCUGAUGUGAUUAUCUGCAAGACCAGGAGGAACUCUGUCUUUCAGCAGGGCAUGAAGAAUCGUAUCCUGAUCUUCGGCCUGUUUGCUGAGACUGCUUUGGCUGCAUUUUUAUCCUACUGCCCAGGAAUGGACAUCGCCCUCCGCAUGUAUCCCCUGAAGGUCUCCUGGUGGUUCUGUGCCCUCCCCUACAGUCUCCUCAUCUUCAUCUAUGAUGAGGUCCGCAAGCUCAUCAUCAGGAGGUAUCCUGGAGGUUGGGUGGAACUGGAGACAUAUUACUAACGUUCAGAAAUUAUUAUUGUGAGUUUGAAUUUCUGUGAGUCUGUGUGUAUGUGAAUGAGUGAGUACGUGUGAAUGCAAGGUCUAGCUAAGCAAAGAACAGCAAAACUACCUUACAAUUAGCAUUUUGUCUUUGAAAAUAACAAACAAGCCUACAUAAUCAGUCUACAUUACCACUGAAAAUCAGUCUACAUUACCACUGAAAAUCAGCCUACAUUACCACUGAAAAUCAGCCUACAUUACCACUGAAAAUCAGCCUACAUUACCACUGAAAAUAAGCCUAUAUUACCACUGUAAAUGCUGCUAGUGUGUGUGUGUGUGCGUGCGUGCGUGCGUGCGUGCGUGCGUGUGUGUGUGUGUGUGUGUGUGUGCGUGCGUGUGUACACACUAAGUGUACAAAAUAUUAGGAACACCUUCCUAAUAUUGAGUUGCACCCCCUUUUGCCUUCAGAACAGCCUCAAUUCGUCAGGACAUGGACUCUACAAGGUGUCAAAAGCGUUCCACAGGGAUGCUGGCCCAUGUUGACUCCAAUGCUUCCCACAGUUGUGUCAAGUUGGCUGGAUGUCCUUUGGGUGGUGGAACAUUCUUGAUGCACACGGGAAACUGUUGAGCGUGAAAAACCCAGCAGCGUUGCAGUUCUUGACACAAACCGGUGUGCCUGGCACAGACUACCAUACUCUGUUUAAAAGCACUUAGAUCUUUUGUCUUGCCCAUUCACCCUCUGAAUGGCAUUUAUACACAUACAUGUUCAUAAUGUUUUGUAUACUCAGAGUACGUGUGUUUUUACAGUAUGUGUGUGUGCUUUGUGUUUGUCUGUCAGACAAUUGGUCUGUUAUUGCACGGAUCAGUACACCAUUCUGGUUAUCAUAGAGAAUACUGCUGCAAAGAAAGCCUGUAAUUGUGAUUGAUAUUACUGAGUUUUGACAAUAACUACACUGGAAGGACUUUCCAAAACCCAAAUGUCAAACAAACAAGAUGUUGCAAAACGGGUGUAGCAUAAAAAUGCACCCUAAAUUGUUUUUUGCUUCACCAAAUAAAAUGUACUUCAAAAGCAAAACGUUAAUUGCAUCAAUCAUCAGUCCUGAAGGCUAGGGUUCCGUUCCAAAUGGCACCCUAUCUCAUACACAGUGCACUACUUUUGACCAGAGCCAUAUGGGCACUGGUCAAAAGUAGUGCCCUAUAAAGGGAAUAUAGGGUGCCAUUGGGACACACAAAAUGACAGAUGGGGUGUUGUGUGAAAAUAAAUUGCUCUGAAAUGUGUCUUGAUAUGAAAUAAAGUUAAUCUGAACAAAGCG